CUUAGUAUUUGGUGGCAACUAAUCCUCCCAUUAAAUACCAGGUCGGCUAACCUCAACAUCAAGUCUUCCACUGUCUCCUUUUUCUCUUGUCUCUCCCUUUACAGAGACACACACAAAAAAGUCAUUUAUCUUUUGCUUACAAAAAUGGGGUGCAAAUCAGUAGACAAGACAAAGCAAAAGCACAAGAAGGGAUUAUGGUCCCCAGAUGAAGAUGACAAGCUCAAAAACUAUAUCAUUAAGCAUGGUCAUAGCUGCUGGAGCUCUGUCCCCAUUAAUGCCGGCUUGCAAAGGAAUGGAAAAAGUUGCAGAUUGAGGUGGAUUAAUUACCUAAGGCCAGGCCUAAAGCGAGGGGCAUUUAGCUUAGACGAAGAAGAGACAAUCCUGACCCUCCAUGCCAUGUUUGGCAACAAGUAAGAUAAUU